GCAUACGUAAUUAGCAUGAGCUUUGUUCUUCAUAGCAAGUCAUACUGGUUCCGAUAUCACGAAAUCAUGAGGACCUUUGCUCUUUUAGUGAUUUUUGGUUGCGUUCUUCUCACUGCAAAUGUUCUAUCUCUAAAAUAUGUAACUGUUGAACCAACGACAGAAGAGAUCGAGGAUGAUUUUGAUGACGAUGAAGAUGAACCCAUUAAUGGUGGAAUGGGUACUAGUGUGGAUACAGAUGAAGUGAAUACUCUUGUGAAAGAUACGAUAGAUUCAUUUAAUGUUACGGUUGGUUAUAAACAAAAAGAAGACGAUGAGUAUGAAAAGGCAAAGUGCUCAAAGAAAUGCAGGGACACAGCCAUGAAGUAUAUAACGAAAGGUGAAGUCGGCAAAUACUAUAAUUCUCUUGUAACGUGUAUGAAGACAUGUAAAAAAAGAAAGGAGCAUUAUCCGUUCUCAAUGCAUCCAAAAAAGAUGUGUAUCAAAAAAUGCUUUAUGUCUGUGUCGCAGUGCAUUAUGACGCAAGGAUCUCCUAAAGAAUGUGUGGAGCAAGCUAAACUCUGCAUAAAUGAUUGUCGGCAGAACUUCACUGCGAACAACACUCUUGGCAUGACUUGUAUGCACAACUGUACCGAUGAAUUGAUAAACUGCUUAAAUAGUACAGAAGAUUUCUCUAUGUGUUUUCAAAAGAUGCCUUUAUGCGUCAUGAAAUGCAAGAGCGAUUCUUAUCCAAUGAGUUCCAUUUCACCAUUCAAAGAAUGUAUGGUAGAUUGCACAGAAUCGUUUAUUAAAUGCUUGAAGAGCAGCAAAGAUAAAGAUAUAUGUUAUAAAACGUAUGAAUCAAGUUUCAUGAAAUGCAAGAAGAAACAUUUACCAAAUAUAAGCAAAGCUGUCGAAUGCAAGAAAAAAUGCGGAGAAGCAUUUGCCGAAUGCUUGGAAAGCAGCGGAGGAGUGUACAAGUGUUAUGAUAUUUUAGUAUCAUGCACCAAGAACUGCAAGGACCAACAUUUGAAAAAAUUCAACAAAUUUUUCAAGUGUAUGAAAACAUGUAACUCCAAUAUGAAAUGUGGUUUCUGGGAUUUCAAGUGUCGCCUCAGAUUACUUAAUCCUAACGACGUAAAAUUUCAGUGCUUGAGACAAUGCAAGAUACAAGGUGUUCCAUUCGUUUCAAGCUUAAAACAAAUGGGAUCUGGCCUCUUGUCACAGCUGAAGAAUCUUGCUUUUGGACGUGCAAAUCUGUCACCAAACUCAAAGUCACCUGGACUUAAAUGGCCAAAUAAGUACCAAAAGUAUCCUAAGUUUUCGGGACAAUCACGACACCGUUCCCCCAAGUUUUUUAAGACAUGGCCACGUCAUUCCCCACUUUUUCCUCGAAGAAUGCCAAGGCGUUUUUCUAAAUUCCGACAAAUAGCAAGGAAAUGGCAACGAAAAAAUGGAGCAGCAUCCAUACUGGGUUAAAUAUUCCAGAGCACUUUGCUUUACUAAAUUACUUUUGGAGAUAUAUGGUACAGUCAGAAUUAUUGACAAUGAUCAGGUAAUUGCAUGAUUGGAAUUAAUUUACGGGGAAUUAUAUAGACAGUCAAUGUAUUCUUAAUUAAUUUAAUUACUCAGUUGUUGAAAUUAUCACUAAAAUAAAAUAUGUUUUAUAUGUUUUGCGUAAAGGAUAUUGAUUUGUACUCGUUUUGCAGUUAAUUAUCUAAUGCAAAAAAUAGACAGCAAGAUAGCAUAUUUUACAGAUGAAAAUUUUGAUAAAGUUCUCAUAACGAUCAUGUGGCGAUUCUGAUCACAAGCUUCUUUCAAGCAGCGAUAUUUAACUACAUUUGUGUUUUAUAUUGUUGAUUCAAGUUCAUGGGGCAAAUGAGGAAUUUUACAUUCGCCAAGCCACUUCGUGAAAGUCAUUCAAGGUGGUUUCGAAUAACAUAUGUAAUAUGUAUAGCCUGCAGUCGAUAUAAAAGAGAUUAUUUUGCAAUAUUAUCUCAGUUUUCGGUUUCUCUCGUGUGCAUAUUCGUACUUGGAAUAAUUGCUCCCUCUAUUCAAAUAAAUUUAAUUUUUGCAAAAGCUUACUUUACAGGACAUCAAUUUCCAUGCAUUUAUGUUGUAAAAUUACUCUUUGGCAAGUAUCAUUUGACAAAAGAAAAAUAAAAAUUGUUUAUCAAAUGUCAGCGUGACAGAAGAAAGCCAGAGGAAUGGGACCCAGUUCUGGUUGUAUGAGGUUACGUCAGUAAACAAGGGAUUUAUAUCAAUUGCAUUUUGAUUAUAUUUCAUUGCUAACGAGCAGUUGCGACAAUACUAGAUGACCUGCAAAAAAAAAUGGCAAAAUCUUUUAUAAUUGCAAACAUCAUUGUGGUGUGUAUGAUCAUCAGCAGUGCUUCGUCCUUAUCAUGGAGCAGUUGGAGCUUUGUUAAAGACGCUAUAGGUCAAUACAUUCAAAACAAUGAAUGUAACGAGGAUAUUAUCGCGUAUUACAAAUUUGACAAGUCAUUGCGAGAUGUAUGCCAAGGUAAUAAUGCCUUACAUUAUGGUAAAUCCAAAGAUGUUUUGCAAUCAUCAAGUGGAAUCGUUCGUGGAGCUGCCAAAUUCAAUUCGCGUUCUUCCGAGCUACAUGUACCAACUCUAAAUGGAUAUGAGUGGGCUUCAAGUUUAACAAUCAGUAUUUGGUUCAAAAAGUCAGGUGGUAUAUCAAGCAAUAUUAUCACCAACUUCAUCAAUAAUCAAAGUGAUUCUACUGGAAGUUGGGGAAUCCUUGUUUCCAAUAACGGUGGGACAAUGGACACCAUAAGAGCUACUUUAGUCACGUCACAAUCCAGGAAAUCUUGGUACAACAUCACAAUGCCAUUCAUCGAUCACUGGCAUCAUUUCGUGAUGACGUAUGACGGACACACUGUCUCAUUUUACCACAACAAUCGUCUCGCUCUUAUCGAUAGCCUUUGUUGUCGUGGUAACAUCGUCAGCAGCAACUCCGAUGUGGUUAUUGGUGGCAGAAUUUAUGGACAAGAUCUUCAUGCAGGAUAUAUUGACGAAGUUAAGAUUUUGAAGAGGUCGGUUGAUCGCUAUGAGGUCACAAAACUUUACCAACUCAAAACAUUGUAAAAAGCUGCGUCAAUGAAGAAUAUAUGAACAAACUGUGUUAUUCUACUGUUAAUGUAUUGUGGUAAAUGGUAAAUAUGGUUAAAUAUGGUAAAUAUGUUAACAUUUAAACAAAGGUUUUGAAUAAAUAAUGAAUUGCAAAAAAAUUUAAA